UGAUCUUAAAGCUUGGUUUAUACUUCUGUGUAGGACUGAUGCAGAGUUUUGAGAUCUCAACCCUCCUGUUACCUAUACAAAUGAGUUAACAUCAAAUCCCCAUACAAAAGAUAGAAAACACAGAGUCCUGUCAUAUGAUUUAGCCUUUGGACAUCUCAAGAGAGACUUUAGAAAAUCUGUUGUAAAGGUCAGAGUGGUCUGGUUGUUAUAACUUACAGCUGGAUUUUGCCAACCAGCAGUGGAUUAUAUCCUGAACUCUGGAGCUCUUGGCUUGUGUGGCUAGGAUGGACUUUAAGAGAACUUUGGGACCUUGGACAGAGUCAGGGGUUUUCAACAUUGUUCCAGUGUGGCUGGUGAUUGUAUCUGGCUCAGAAGAGCUACUCAGUCGGGUGCAGCUCCGGAGGCAGCAGGGUAGGUACCCGAAGAUUGGCAGCUAGAUGAAUCUUCCAGUUGUACUGCUCUUAUAUCAGUUUUUACUGUGUCCUCCUCACCGUCAUCUAAUGUCAAAUUAUAUGUGGUGUGAGGUGAUUUAACAGAAUGUAAAGUUUCAGUAUUUGUUUGGUUAUGUUUCAGUAGCUGAUAUGAAAAUUAAACCAGUGUUUGUCGAAAAUAACCAGUGUUAAAGUAAGUGUCAAUAAGUAAAACCAGUGUUUGUGGUGAAUAGGUGACAGCUGGACGCCCUCUAGUGGAAUAUAUCACAAACUGCAGUAUGAGGCCACAUGAGGACGAACUGUCAUUAAUUAUCUGAUAAUAAACAAAUGACAUGAAUUUAGGAAAGCAGUAAACUUUACGAGUUUAAGAUUGACCUAUAACACCCAACAACAGUUAGAGAGGCAAUUUUCACAUUCACCACCAGAAAUUCCUCUUGAUUGCAGAUUGAUUCAGACACAACUAUUUUAACAUGAUAAUUUAAUUUCACAUAACAAGUAACACCACCACCUUUCUUUGGUCUAUCAGCUCAAUAAACAUUGUACCCAUCAAUGUUUCACAUAUUACAACAAUGUGUGCAUCCAUUGAUUCAACCCACAUUCUAAUCAUGUCCACUGAGAUCAACAACAUUUAGACCAGACAGUGAAAAUAAAUCAGAUGGUGUCUGGAUAGAGUCAGGACCAGGGUUAGGCUGCAAACAAUCAGCCAUCUGUGUUUAUCAGCUACACACUGGACAUGGAUUGUUACUUUUCUUCUUCAUAAUGUGAUCAGUCAGAAAUCUGUCACAUAAAGAAGAGAUGGGAAAGACUCCUACUGCAGAAACUCAGAGAAACAAACAGGAAAAACUGUUUCAAAGGUUUUUUCUCCAACAGACAAUAAAACCUGAUACAGAGCUACAGUGAGAGGUGGAGUCUCACCGUCACGUUUCCUCAAAUGAAAGUGAAAGUUUGUCUGAGCGACAGCAGAGCUGCAGCCGAGACGAGUCUGAGGAGAAUUUAAAGUGAAUCCAUCAACAGCAGAGUGUGAGACAAACCCUGUGUGUGGAUAUGGCUGCUGCCAGCUGUCUGCUGACUGAGGAUCAGUUUCUGUGCUCCAUCUGUCUGGAUGUCUUCACUGAUCCAGUCACCUUACCAUGUGGACACAACUUCUGUAGAAACUGCAUCACACAACACUGGGAUAUUAACGUCCCCUGCCAGUGUCCCAACUGUAAAGAGGUUUUCUACAUGAGACCUGAGCUGAGGGUCAAUACUUUCAUCUCUGAGAUGGCUGCUCAGUUCAGACAGUCGGCUCAACAGAAAGCCAGCAGCAGCAGCUCAGAGCAACAAGUUGCCAAACCAGGAGAAGUUUCCUGUGAUGUCUGCACUGGAACCAAACUGAAGGCUCUGAAGUCCUGCCUGGUGUGUCUGACCUCCUACUGUGAGACUCACCUGGAGCCUCAUCUGACAAUGUCAGGCCUGAAAAGACAUCAGCUGAUCGACCCUGUGGAGAACCUGGAAGACUGGAUGUGUACGAAGCACGAUAAACCUCUGGAGCUGUUCUGUAAGACCGACCAGACAUGUGUCUGCAUGCUCUGCUCUGUUUUAGACCACAGGACACAUGAGUUUGUUCCUCUGAAAGAAGAAUAUGAAGGAAAGAAAGCAGAGCUGGAGAAGACAAAGGAUGAAAUUCAGCAGAUGAUCCAGAAGAGACGAUUGAAGAUUCAGGAGAUCAAACACUCUGUGGAGCUCAGUGAGGAAGUUGCAGACAGAGAAAUAGCAGAAGGUGUUCAGGUCUUCACUGCUCUGAAGGAGUCUGUUGAGAGAAGUCAGGCUGAAUUCAUCAAGACCAUCAAAGAGAAGCAGAGAACAACAGAGAAACAGGCUGAAGACUUCAUCAAAGAGCUGAAACAGGAAAUCUCUGAGCUGGAGAAGAGAAGCUCUGAGGUGGAGCAGCUCUCAUGCUCUGAAGACCACCUCCACCUUCUCCAAAGGUUCUCAUCCCUGUACACUGCUCCACCCACCAAGGACUGGACAGAAGUCAAUGUCUGUCCUCCAUCUUAUGCAGGGAGUGUGGUGAGAGCUUUGAACCAGCUGGAGAAGACUCUCAGCGAACAGAUGAAGAAGCUGUUUGAAGCAGAGCUGAAGAAGGUUCAGCAGUAUGCAGUGGAUGUGACACUGGAUCCUGAUAUAGUCCAUCUCAGACCCACCCAGUCUAAUGCUAAACAACAGGUAAACCAGGGUGAUGACUGUAGAUGUGUCUUAUCACAGCAGGGCUUCACUUCAGGAAGAUUUUACUUUGAGGUUCAGGUUAAAAAGUGUUUUAGGUGGACUGUAGGAGUAACCAGACAAUCCAACAGAAAGAGAGAAGUCACACUGAGCCCUGAUAAUGGUUACUGGACUGUAUGUUUGAAGCAGCUGGGUGGGUACUUUGCUCCUGCUGAACCAUCAGUCUGUCUCUCUCUGAAGUCAAAGCCCAAGAAGGUGGGGGUGUUUGUGGAUUAUGAGGAGGGUCUGGUCUCCUUUUAUGACGUUGAUACUGCAGCUCUCAUCUACUCCUUCACUGGCUGCUCCUUCACUGGCAAACUCUACCCAUUCUUCAGUCCCUGUCCCAAUGAUGGUCUUAAAAUCCACAGCACUGAAAUGGAUUGUGUGUUACAAUGAGUAGAAACAUUAGAUUUAGAAAAGUUUAUCCUCCAUAUAAUGUGACAGUAUAAACUUUAUCUUUGAUUUGUUUCCAUCUAAAUGUUUUUCAUUAUAUCAUAUUAACCUGCGAUGUCCCAUUGCUUCUGAGAUUAUUGAUCCAAUCUAAUGUAGUCUAGUCACUUCUAUAAAGUACAAUCGCUGUCAUCAAAACUGUUCAAAAAUUACAAAAACGUAGCAGAAAAAAGAAGCUUGUGCAGAAAUCACUGAAUGUCUGGGUGGUAAGUCAAACCACAGAUGGUUGUGUCUAUGAAACAUGUUUGCUUCUCACACAAAUUAAUUAUGAAUUCAACUGAAUUUUGUUAACAACUUUUACCUUAUACUGUGGAAAAUUUAUUGAAAUAAGUAAAACCCAAUAAAGAAUAUUUGAUGGUUGUAGGGCAGUUAAUUCAGGUGAUUUGUCUUGUGUCACAUUGUAGUCAUCAUAGUCUAAAAGUUGUUUUUUUUAGAAACAUACAUUUUCAUAUAUUAUCACACCCUUUAAACUUUUAAACUUAAUUACUGUGUCCUCUUCAAUAUCAGUGCAGCUUCAUAAUCUAAUGUCAAAUUAUAUGUGGUGUGAGGUGAUUUAAUGCAAUGCAAAGUUUCAGUUUUUGUUCAGUUAUGUUUCAGUAGGUGAUAUAACUCUCUAAAGAUAAAAGUUAUAACUGCAUAUCAGAUCAAUCAUCAAUAAACUGAGUGAUUUUGAUGUUUUCUGCUUUUUGAUUCUGUUUUGAAAAUGUAACAAACACAGUUAAUGUAAAUGUCACCAAUAAAUAAAACAUGAUUCUUAUGAA